AUGGCCGAAAUAUCGAAGAAGCCAUCUGUACAGGCAGAGGCCGACAAUGAUAUCAACACCACUCCCGACGACACACGGUCCACUGUCCUGGCCGGCAUCUUCAAGCAUGUGUCCAAGGUCAUUCCGUAUUUCAACGACCCUCGACAUGUCCUUCUGUUCAAGCUCGACUGCCUCCUCCUGGCAUGGUCCUUUCUGGCCGGCAUCAUGAAGGAAAUGGAUCAAUCCGCCACCACCCAGGCCUACGUCUCCGGAAUGAGGGAGUCAUUAAACUUGUACGGCAAUGAGUUGGUCGAGUUCACAACCUUCUUCUCCAUCGGCUAUGCUAUCGGUCUUGUCAGGCCGUCUUGGUUUCUCCCCAGCUGUGAAAUCACAUGGGGUCUCUUUGUCACCUUUACAUGUCUGGCCAAGAAUGCAAGGACCAUAUACGUUCUUCGUUUCUUUUUAGGCCUCUUCUCCGCCGUCUUCUGGCCCAGCAUGGUGUCUCUCAUCUUCAAUUGGUACACGCCUUCUGAGCUCGCGAUCCGCUUGGCCUUCUUCAAUAUCACCGACGUAGCUGGCUCCAUGUUCCUCGGUGCGCUGCAGGCCGCCCUGUACCGUGAUAUGAACGGCGUCCAUGGACUCGCAGGCUGGCAGUGGCUCUUCAUCAUCUCGGGCGCCAUCACCAUCGGGCUGGGUCUUAUCGGCUUCUACAUCAUCCCAGAUACCCCAGCCUACACCCGCGCCCAUUGGCUGACCGAAGAGGAGAGAAGGUUAUCGCGCGAGCGCAUGGACAGUUUCGGAUCCGAGACCUCGAAGCUAAUCCCCGUGGCUGUUCUGAAGCGCAAGCUGCUCAAGCUGAUCGUCCACCCAGUGACAUACUUCUUCCUAUUCGCCUUCGCCCUGGACGCGUGGUCACAUCGCGCCAACUCAUACUUUGUGCUCUACCUCGAAAGUCUCAAGGACGACGCGGGCGAUCGUCUGUACAGCACGUACCAGGUCAACAUCCUCCCCCUGGGCGGAUAUGCCCUCCAGAUCCUGAGCAACCUGGUAUUCAACGGCAUCUCCGACUGGAAGCGGUGGCGGUGGCAGAUCAGCGUCGGCUCGACGGCCGCCUACGGCACCAUCCUCAUCGUGCUGUGCGCCUGGCCGUCGAAUCCCAAGGUCACGCUUGGAUUCUACUUCUUGACGUACGCCACUAGCUUCGGAGGCCCGUCGCUAAUGGCGUGGAUGGCAGAGCUGAUGCGGAAAGAGCCCGAGGCCCGCGCCAUCAUCGUGGCACUCACGGUAACAAUCGUCUACACGGGCCAUGCCACCAUCCCUCUGAGGGCAUUCAGGGUCGCUGACUCGCCGAGAUACCCGAUCGGGUUCCCGCUAUGCACGGCGUUUGCAUUUGCGUCCAUCUUCGCACAGCUCGGGAUGUUGUGGUGGGGGAGGCGCAAUCCCCAGCUGGCCGAGCAUGGGUAUGAUGGCGAGGCAGAUGUUGUGACAGUGGUAGAUGAGGAGAACAAGGGGAAAUUAAACGAAUGA